UUUUUAACUGUAAAAGAGGGCCCGGGAGGCUUCCUCGAGUCUGUCCUCGCCAUAAUCCUUCCUUCUAUGUGAUGAAAGGAGCCAUGGCGGUGCACUCGAUUUUCGACGUUGGGUUGCUGAAGACCGAGCUGGAAGAAGCUGGAAUUAGCGCCAACUUCAUUCCCGUCAUCUGGAAGACUACCAUUUCUUAAUAUCCAGGUACAUUCUUGAUCAACCCAACUGUCAGAUCAAUGACGUUCCAUCGUUGCCUUCUGCUGCCUACCCUGUACUGGUUUCCAAAUUUAGACCGAUGACGUCUAUCGUGGAAUUAGUUACAAAUUCUGAAGACAAGGUUACCACUAAAUUGCUUGUCAGAUUGCAGAAUGGUUCUCAUGUUGAAGCUGUUAUUAUGAGAUAUGACACACGUCUCGGGAAGUAUGGUGGCAAACCUCGACCUGGAGGUCCAAGGUCAACUUUAUGCAUAUCAUCUCAGGCAGGUUGCAAAAUGAGUUGCAAAUUUUGCGCUACAGGAAGUAUGGGAUUUAAGUGUAAUCUGUCAUCAGGGGAGAUUGUGGAGCAACUGGUUCACGCAUCUUUUAUCUCAAGCAUUAGAAAUGUUGUUUUUAUGGGAAUGGGGGAACCACUGAACAACUAUACAGCAGUAGUUGAAGCAGUCCAGUCCAUGAUAAGCUUCCCAUUUCGAUUAUCACCAAAGAGAAUUACCAUAUCUACUGUUGGCAUUAUCCCUGCUAUCAAGAAGUUAAAAGAUGACUUGCCAAAUGUGAGACUUGCCGUCUCUCUUCAUGCUCCCAUUCAAGAUAUAAGGUGUCAGAUAAUGCCUGCUGCCAGUGCCUUUCCUCUGCAAAGGCUUAUGGAUGUUUUACAUCUGUAUCAGGAGAAGUGUGGCCAGAAAAUCUUCAUUGAAUAUAUCAUGCUUGACGGCAUCAAUGAUCAAGAGCAGCAUGCUCAUGAGCUUGGGAAGUUGCUUAAAACACUUGACGUGGUUAUUAACUUGAUACCUUUCAAUGCAAUCGGUAGUUCAAGUCAUUUUAUGAGCAGUUCUGAGCAGAAUGUGAAAAAGUUUCAGAAGAUGUUGAGAGAAGUUUAUAAAAUUCGGACAACAGUUCGCAAACAAAUGGGCCAGGACAUAAGUGGUGCGUGUGGUCAAUUGGUAAUUAAGAUUUCAAAGCCAACUUCCCAACUCAGUGCCAGCAUGGAAUUGCCAGAUAUUGAAGAUCUUCAUACCUAAGUGCGAACUGAAAGUAGAACUUUUGUUACCAGAAAUAUGCAGGUGUUCAAUCUGUAAAAGAAACCUUGUGACUGCUCAUCUUAAUGAAAAAAUUAUACUUUCAUGAAAAAUUUCUAGUGUCCAUGAAUUUUCUUAUGAAAGACCAACUAGAUUGUAGCACAAAAGGGAAUAUUGGGAAUUGCUUUUCGAUUGAACUCAAGGGAAUGGUAUUGACAUUUUCCAUGUAAAAGGCACCAUAAUAUCUGAGUUAUCACAUUCUAUUAGCUACA